AUGGUAUCGGACAACGCUGCGAUUUUUACUAGCGACACAUUUCACCAGUUCUGCAAAGAAGGAGGAAUUUUUCAGAAAUUCACAGCACCGGGACAUCCAGCGACCAACGGGUUGGCUGAAAGAAACAUUCAGACCCUCAAAAAUCGACUUUUUACCAUGAUUGAAGAACCUUUCACAAUGAAACAAAAGGUUAGGGAAAUACUCUUCAGAUAUCGAGCUACACCCUUGGCCAGCGGGAAGACACCUUCAGAACCUUUUCUCAACAGACAAAUUAGAAUCAAACUUGAUGCGUUAAAACCACCAAAACAUCAAAAAUCCUCAAUUCAACACACCAAAGCAAGACAGUACAAAGUAGGAGACAGAGUCCAAGCACGGUACUACUCGAACAACAAAAAUCUGUGGAAACCAGGAACCAUCAUAGAGAAGUACGGACUCUUACACUACCUGAUUAGACUAGACAGUGGAUAUAUAUUUAAAAGACACAUCGACCAACUACGACUUACUGAAAUACCAUCAAAGACUGUCAAAUUUGCUCCCACAGUGCAAUAA